AUGGCUGACGAAAUUCAAAAAAUUAAAAAAGAUAUAGCUUUAAAUAAUGCAGUUAUAUUUAUUGGUACAGAUGUAUCUAUGUAUACAACAAACUUUGAACAAGAAGUGUCUCAUUGGAAAGGAUUGUUGAAACAUGGACUGCAACAAUGUUAUCGAUCAGGAUCGAUUGGUGACGAAGAAUUCGAGGAUUUCAAUGACAUAUUCCAUAGUGACACAGCACAAAUUGAUGAUUAUUUGCUUGCUGCCAAUCAAAUUAAGCAUUAUUUUCAAAUAGAAAAUAAUAAAACAGAACCUGAUCCUUAUACAACAUGGUUAAGAGAAACAAUAGGGAGUUUAGAAGUUAAAAAACCGGAACUUAUUAAAGCUAUAGGAGAAUUAGAGUGUCCAAUUCUAACAACUAACUAUGAUUCAUUGCUCGAAGAUAUACUUAAUAAAAAAUCAUUAACUUGGAAUGAAUAUUAUGCUAAUGAUAUUGAUGAUUUAUUGGAGAAUCUUCAAAAAUAUAUUCUACAUGUACAUGGAUAUAUUGAAGACACAGAUAGUAUAAUUUUCAGUAGCCAUGAUUAUGAUCGACUUCUUGAUAAUGAAUUUGCACAAUCUAAACUGAGAGUAUUUAUGGAAACAAAAACUCUAUUAUUUAUUGGAUAUGAUGCUGGAAUUUCUGAUCUAAAAUUUUCGAACUUAUUAAACUGGAUAUAUCAUGUAACAGGUAGUAAAUCAUUGUCAAUGUAUAAACUUGUUAAAUUCAACCAAAAUAACACAUUUAAUCAAAUAUUCGAUGCUUCAUUUUCAACGAAUGUUAAAGAAGUUAAAUAUGGACAUAAUUCGAAAGAUUUACUACAAUUUGUUAAGAAUCUCAAAUCAUGUAUACCAUUAAUACGUGAAAGUUUAUCAUUUACAGACAAAAAGGAAGCCGUUCGCAAAAAAUAUUUGAAUUAUCUUAUUAGUGAAUAUGGAUAUGUAUCCAUUUUUGGCUAUUCUAAUACAAAUAUGAGUUUACCUUUAGAAAGUGUCUAUGUAGAAUUAAAAUUUGAUCCAACACAUCCAUCGAUAAAAGCAAUGAAAAUGUUAGAAAUCAAUGAAGAAUUUAAGUGUAAACUUUUAUCUCCUAGCUUUUUUAAUGAGCACGAAAGAAAACAAUUGAAUAGAGCUAUCCUAGAAAAAAAUGACUACAAUUCUGAAAUGCUCUAUAGAGACAUUAUGAUUGAUCAAUGGUUAAAUGUUUUGUUAAGUAACAAAAAUAUAUUUACUGACAAUGAAGCAACUACUAUUAAAACUAAGGUGAAUCGAUUAAAAAACAGCAUUAUAGAAAAAAAUAAUUUCAAAGAAGCAAAACAAUAUCGAAUCCAAGAAGCAUAUAAUAAAUUUAAAAAUUUUAUAGUCUUAGGUCAUCCAGGUUCAGGUAAAACUACAUUAUCAAAAUGGUUGAUUAUGAAUAUGGCUAAACAAUGUUUAGGUGAGAAGAAUAUGUUAUUUGAUAGUAUUUAUUAUAGAACAGAAAAAAUACCAAUUCUUAUUCCCAUAUGGAAAUAUGUUGAUCAAGUAAAAGAAAAUCAGAAUAAAAAAAAAUCUUGUCUACUUGAAUUUAUUUAUGAAAAUCCUACUUUUGAUUCAAUAUUUUUCAAUGUUGAAGAACGAAAAGAACUAUCAUCAUUGAUUAGAGAAUCAUUAAUUAAGGAAAAUGUUUUAGUUAUAUUUGAAGGCUUAGAUGAAGUUCCGGCUUAUGUAGAUCGAUCAGAUUUAAUGAAAGAAAUAAAUACAUUAUUAGAACGAAGCAUAGAUUAUGAUGCAACAUAUGAUAAACUUACUUAUUCAAUUUAUGAACAACAUGAAAUAAAUAAUACUAAAUGUCCAACUAUCGGAAAUCGAUUUAUUAUAACAAGUCGUAUCGAAGGAAAUUAUUUUGAAGAUAUAAAUUUUUAUGUUCCAAGAUUAACUAUUGAAAAUAUGUCUAAUGAUGCUCUUAAAUUAUUCUGUAGUUCAUAUAUGAAAUGCAUUAAUCAAAUUUCUAUGAAUACUAGACGAGUUAUUGAAGAAUGUAAUUGUGAUCAAUUAUAUAAUGAUAUAACACAAAAUAAAGAUAUAUUUCAUUUGGCGAUUAAUCCACAAUUAGCUAGUGUGAUUGCUGCAGUUUAUAAUCAAUAUGAAGAUAAAUUACCAGAGAAAAGAAUUGAUUUAUAUGAAAAAGCUAUCGAAAAGAUGAUAGAACGUUUAGUCACUUCUUAUAUCGAUUCUCCAAAAAAUUAUCUAGGUAAAGAUUUUCAAUUAAAUGCUACUUUGUUAUGGUCAAUAUUACAAGACAUAGCUGAAUAUUUACAUAGUAAAGUUGAAGGACUAUCAGAAAGCAUGUUAAAUAAAAUAAUAAGAAAUUGCUUAAUAGAUUAUCAAAAAGAAUCAUUGAAGAAUUCUCAAUUACACAUUGAUGAUUUGACAUCGAAACUGGUAGAUAUUUUUAAAUAUCAAGCAGGUUUACUUAAUGAAUUUGGUCAUAACAGUUUUCGAUUUAUACAUCGUACCUUUCAAGAAUAUCUCGCCGCUAAAAGUAUUAUCUAUUCUUAUGGAAUCGAACGAUCUGAAAAUAUUAUUUAUCAAAAUAUUCAUGAUAAAAUUGGUAUUCCAAAUUGGCGAGUUCCUCUCAGUAUGACACUUGGAAUACUAAGUAAAACAGUGGAAUAUAAUGAGUUAUUUACCAAUAUUAUUACAAGAUUGUUAAAAGAUGAACAUGAUAUAUCUUAUCAACAAUCUUCUACACUUCUAGUGGUAUUCGUCAUCAUAGAUUCAUUAAAUGAUAUUUACUUCUCAUCGACAUAUACAGAACAUAAAUUAAUUCGAAAAUUAGCCGAUAUAUUAUUAUCUGAUUAUAAAAAUAUGUCGGGCUUUUCACGAUUAAAAGGACAUCAAGAAUUACUUGAAUCCUAUUUCUUAAAAUUGAAAAUAAAAUAUAGUUAUACACUUGCACAGUGGUUUAUUAAAAAAAUAAAUUAUGAAGAAAAUAUUGCACCAUGUGCCAAUAUUAUUUAUCAACUAAGAUGGUACGCUCCAAUAUUUCAUGAAGUAUUUCUAGAAAAUUUACAUAAUGAUUCUAGAGUUUGGAAUUGGCCAAUCGAUUCAAUCUUACGAUAUUAUUCAAAUAAAAUUAAAGAUCAAACAAUUUUAAAACAAUUAAAAUUUAAAAGUGAAAUAAAUAAAAAUUCUAAACUUAUCAAAUAUAUCAUAAACAAUAAUGAUUGGUUAUGUUUAAUUACAGCUUUAUAUGGAGGAUAUAAAAAUUACAAUACUGAAUCAAAUAUUUCAGAAUAUUAUGAAAUAGCUCAAUUUCUUGAAUUAAGUGAUAUAGAGAGGGCACCUUUUAUUUAUUAUUAUCAAGAAGUUUGGGAUAGAGAUGAUCCGGCUUAUAGUAUGGCUGUGUAUCUUGACGCAGCAGUACAUAAAAAGCGCUGGACUGAAACACCCAAAUUUGAUAUCAAUGAUAUUUACAAAGAAUCAUUUUUGACAAAUGAAAUUCUUCGAUUGCUCCACGAUGAAAAAUCUACAACAGAAUUAAUCGAAACAUUGCACAAACAAAUUAAGCAUGAAAAAUUAAGUAGAAGGGAAAAAGUAGAAGCAUCCAUCGCAUUAAUUGUUUUAGGAGACUUCGACUUCAUUAAUACUAUUAUUAUAGAAGGCGAAAAAAUGUUUAUGAAGGGCUUGAGAAACAGAAUAGAACAGCUUAUUUCUACAUUGAAAGAUCCAAUAGCAAGAUGGUCUGCGCAUAUUCCUAAAUAUUUACUUACAAUUUAUAAAGACAUGAAAGCAAAUCCGUUAAAAUAUAAUAUGAGUUUUUUACACUAUUGCACAAUAUAUUCAUCUUUAAUAGCUAUUAGUGGAGGAUUUCCAAUUGACACCAAGAUGUUAGCUGAAACUAUAGAAAAUGCUGAAGAUAAGUAUAAUUUAUAUGCAGAAUAUUUUGCAUUUAAGCUCACUGGUGCUGAUGAUAAUUUUCAAAAUAAAAUUACUGUACUAUGUGAUACAGUCAUUCCUACAAUUAAAGCUGAUCACAUAAUGAAUUCAUUUUUAAAAAUUAAUGAUGCUGUUCAGAUUUAUAGACCAGUUCGAGCAUAUCCAUGGAUUACUAACUUGUUUACUUUUAAAUUGGAUAAUCAAGAUGAUAUACCAAUAGCAUUUUUUAAUUGUAUAGAGAAUAUCAAUACAAAUGUACCAUAUUUAGUAGAUUGCAUUUCUGAGAAUUUCUUCAAGGAAGAAUAUUUCAAUAGAAAUCCUGAUUUAAUUCCAUUAUUUGUAUUAUUACGUUUCGGAAUUAUGUCAAAAGAUCUAGAUAAAUUUAAUAUAUACGAGCAUUUAUUACCUGAAUUAAUGGAAAAAUUCGAUAAAAAAGAAUUUUUAUUUGAAAAAAUUCAAUCGAUGUGUAAUCCUUAUUAUAAAUCAAGAGCAUUGUAUCAAUUAGCUACAUUCUAUGAUGAAAAAAGUUAUGAACUAUUAAAUCAAUCUUUUAUACUGACAAAAAAUAUUCAAGAGUCAUCUCUAAAAUUUCAAGUUUUAGAAAAGAUUUUUAGUAUUGUUCAUUAUAAGGAAAUUGAACAGAAGCUAUUCAUUCAACAAAUAGUUGACGAAUUAAUUUUAACAUAUGAUAAUAUUGAAGAUGUUUAUAAUCGAAUUAUUGCAUCACUAAGAUUAUCGUUUUAUGGAUCAGGAGAAUUUCGAAAGAAAUAUUUAACCAAUGCUUUAGAAACACUUUAUCAAAUGGAUGAAAAUGAUGACAAAAUCAAAUUAAUUAUUAAAUUAAAACCAUUAAUUACUAUCUAUGAUGAUCUUCUAAUCAAGUUUAAUGAAAUGAUAGAAACUCUUAAAAAUAAAAUGCAUCAUUAUAUGGCUAAUGCUUAUUAUGGAAGAAUGUUAUUUACUGAAACACGAUCGAUAUUUAAUUCAAACAUAAUUGUAGAUCUGAGUGAAGAUUUGAAAAAUAGAAAUGAUAAGAAUAAUAUUACAGAUAUUUCAAAUUAUAAUGAAUUACAAGGUUUAUUCUUAUUGUUUGCUCAAUUGAACGACAUAAAAUUAGUAAUUAAUAAAACAGAAAGUACAGAUCAAUUAUGGGUUCAUCUUUUUAAAGAUAUUAAUAAUCCAUCAACUAUAGAAAAAAUAUUAAAUAGCGGUUUACAUGAUGAAAUAUUUCUGACACCACAAAUAGCCAUUAUUAUUGAUGAAUUGAUGCAAAAAGGAAAAGAAGAUACUAUAUCAAUUCUUUUCCCUUAUAUAAUAAAACCAUUCAAUGAAGUAUUACCUAUUGUCCAGAAAUGGUUUACACAAUAUAACAACUGUCAAAUUAAAAAUCUCGCAGCUCUCUUACUUGCAGAAGCCAAGCAUGUUUUUGAACCUGCCGUUGAUACAAUUAUAAAUUUACUCAUAAGCGAAAAUGAUCAAAUGAGAUAUAGAGCUCAACGAAUUUUUCAACAUCCUGCAAGAGAUGUUGAAGUACCUACUAAGAGAAUAUCUGUAUUAGGAGAAAAAACAAUGAUAAAGAUUCUUGAACAUGCUGUUGUGAAAGAUUAUCUUCCACGAAUUCGAGUUUAUCUUUUAACGUUUUUCUUCGAUUUAUUAUGGGAUGAUUCUAUCGUUUUUUACAGAUUAUUUCAGCAUAUGAAUCAACUAGAAGAUAGAAACUCUACUAGUAAUAGAAGAAUACAUUUUUUCAAUAGACUUUACUUCAUAAAUAAUUUUACUUGGAAGUCAAUAAUUGAAAUAAUGAUACAAUCAUUACAUCCAUUAUACAUAGAAAAGUUACUUCAUUCAGUGAUGCAUUUAGCAAAACGUUCUCAAAUUUCAGCAGAUGAUUGGAUUGAAUUUUCAAAAUUAUUAGCAAUAACAGAUACAUCACAAUUUAAAGAAAAAUUAUAUUUUUUAAAUACAGAUAUAGAAAGAAUAGAAUUUAUUCUUAAUGAAGUUUCUGCUUCAACAACUAUGGUUGGAAAAACUUAUUUUGAAAAUCUUGAAUCAGUAUUAGUCCAACGGACAACCAUCAAAGUUGAAAAUCUUUCACGGCAAACCUACGACCAAAUCAUAUAUAUAGAUCGUUGCAACUUUACUGUUUCAAAUAAUGCUAACCAAACAGUAAUAAAUUUAUUAAACAAUAUUUCCAUAAAUAUUAUUCUCAUGGAAAAUUUAAUUCAAUGGUUAAUACAAAUAAUGAUUAGUUUCAAUGGUGUUGAUGAUACUAUAUUUGCAUUGAUCUUAAGUGAAACAUUAUUAUCUUUAAUCUCUGCAUGUGUUCAAAAGGAAGAUUAUUUGUAUCGAAAAAUUACAAAUUCUUCGAAUUUUAAUAAAGUUCAAAUGAUUAAACUUCUGGAAAAAAUGCUUAAUUAUCAUCCAUAUUUUCCAGCUAGAGGUAACGCUUUUAUAUUACUUUCAGCGAUAGACAACUUUGAUCAUAAAAUAAUUAUUAAUAUCAUGAAUACAUUUUUUGAUGAAAAUAUUGUAAAAGAAUAUUCUGUCAUUGGAAUUCAUCUUAUUCAUUUAUCUCCAAAUGAACUUAUCGACGAUUUAAUGAAAUAUUUAAAAAGUGAAAGUGCUAUAAAAAUCUAUGAAACAUUAAAAAUUUUGACAGAAUUUGCUUUAAAUGAAAAAAUAGAUACACAUACAAAGUCAAAAAUUAUGAUUUAUUUAGCAAAUGAAAUUGGACAAUUUAAAUCAAAGAAGCCUGUUAAUUAUUACUAUACAGAUAUAAAAAUUCCUUUUACAACAACAUUGGAAAAUGAAUUGUAUAAAGCAUGGAUUAAAAUACAAGGACUCUCUGGUAAAACACAAUAUUCGAUUAAUAUUGAAAAAUCAAAAAAAUAA